AAUCAUGGAUACAGACACGAGUAUAAGACAAAAAGUUAUUCAAGAAUUCAAUGCAGAAUUAGGCUCAGACUUGAAGAACCUCAGCAAAAUUGCACAGCUGCAUAAAAAACUAGAAGAUGAAAAACACGAAAUCCAGAAAUCACUAUCACUGGCAUCGACAGAGGCACCUUCCAAAGUCAAGGCGGCUAUAGAAGGUGCGGACAAAAUAAGUCAUGAUAUAAACGAGAUGCUGGAAAAAUGUCGAUCCUUGCAAGAAACUCUUACUGAACAAUUGAAAGAAAAUUGUAAGAUCGAUGGGAUACAGGCAAAUGUUGACAAAGUAGAAGAACUUGAACAAGCGCUAUCUUAUUUGUACCUGGUUAAAUUCGUCAAAGAUUUAUGCAGAGAGAUAGAGGCAUCAUUAUCAGCAAAGGAUGACGAGUCGACUAUCACUUUGUAUAAUAAAUUGAGCAAAACUGCUUCUCAAUUGCAACCAACUGCUUGUCACCAUCUUGUUAUCUAUCUACACGAUACCCUACACUAUUGGCAUAAUCACCUUAAGGAUAAAUUCUCUAUAGAAUACAACGACAUCCUGAAAGCGUUGAAAUGGCCGUUUUGUGGGAAUAAUUUGACUGUAACGAGUUUACAUUCACCAGAUGUAAUCGUGAGAUUCAAGGUCGUAACCACAUACCUAUUACAACUACAGCUACCAGAGGAGACUGCAAAACCCACUGUUACUUCCUCACUUCUCACAGAUUUCAUACCACCAAGCUUACCAAUUCUACUGCUAAUUCGUCCCCUACGACGCAGAUUCAUCUAUCAUUUCACAGGUUCAAAGCAGACUAAUCGUCCCGACAAACCUGAAUGGUAUUUUACUCAGGUGCUCACUUGGAUUCGAGAUCAUGCUGAAUGGGUACGCAACAAUGUGCAACCCAUUGCAGAUUCUUUAGGACUCUGCCACUUUCAUGCAAAGGUCGAGUUCAUGCGUGGGCUUGUCCAACUGGCUGUCGAAAAACUUCAAUCUGAGUUGCCAAACAUACUUUACGACGAUGCUCUCUUUGCGCAUUUAGUUGACGAAGCAUUGGGGUUUGAAAGAGAGCUGAGAGAUACCUUGUUGUAUCCUUCCAGUCAGCCAGCUACCGUUUCUGUACUUACUCAAGCACAGAUUUUCGUCAAGUGGAUCAAUAUGGAAAAAAAGUAUGCAACUGAGAAAAUGGACGCUAUAUUGAGCUCGGAUACGGCGUGGCAAAAGUUACUGGGACCAGACAUAGAUGAUAUGAAAGUGACAGAGUGUGCAGAAGCAUUUCUUACCCUGCUGAUGACCAUUACGGAUAGAUACAGUCAUCUUCCGCAGCCUGGCCAUAGGUUACAAUUUCUCGAACUUCAACUUGAAUUGGUGGAUGACUGGCGGGUCCGCUUACUGCAAUUGCUGCAUGAGAAUUACGAAGAUCCGUUGACGUCUACCAUGCCUAGAAUAUUAAAUACUUUACACUACGUCUCCAGUGUUUUGGUAGAAUGGGGAUCUACCGUCCAUUUCUUACAGCUUUACUACUUCAAAAAACAAUGCGAUGUAGGAAAAUUCGCACAUGAAACUUUGGCAGAUAUUUCAGAUAGUAUUGCUGACGAAGAAGGUUCAGUAUUCUGUGAAGCUCUGGCACUGCUGCAGAGAUUGGAACGUGAAUUAGUAAAUGAAAUAAGUGAUUCUGUGACACUUGAUGUUAAAGCCAAGAGCAGACCUUAUAGAACAGACAGAUGGUUUGCGAUGCAGUCUGAAAAAGACGUGGUGUCAUUAUCGGUAACUUCAAGCGGAUGCCCGAUGUUCCAUGAAUUAGCUGCUCGUCUUCACACACUUCAGGAAAUCCUUGCACUGCCGCUGUUCAAUCAGGCUUGGAAAAAUUUAGCGGCUCAACUUGAUCAAUACCUGCUAGAGGAAGUUGCAAUGGUGAAUCAAUUCAACUCAGGCGGAGCAGCACAGUUGCACUACGAUGUUUUCAGAAAUCUGCUGCCGCUUUUUGGCUUGUACACUAAUACUCCAGAUGCCCACUUUCCACUGAUUAGAGAGGCCACGAUUCUUUUGAAUAUGGCAUUGGGUUCAGCAAUGCUUUUGCUACAGGCAUUGGAAAACAAUGAAGAUGUUACAGAGGUACUAGUGGAUGUUGGAAUUUACAAACUUACAGUAGACAUUGCAAUAGUCAUAUUAAAAAACAGAACAGAUAUAAGCUCGCAAUAGACAAUGGUCAAGCAGCUGCUAUUUGCUGUAUAUAAAUGGAAAAAUUAUACUUGGAAUUUAAAUCUUACUAUCUAUAUUCACAUUAUUAUACAAUAUAAAGUAUUUAGUAACACAAGAUUGUACUAUGAAUGAAUGAUAUUGUGUACAUUCUUACUUGAAUAAAAUUACUUUUGUCAAUGA